UUUAUAUUUUUACGCACACAUACACACACACACUCCUUCAACACUCAGAAAAGAGAGAGAGAGAGAGAGAGGGGGAGAGAAAGAGAAGAAAGUAAAAAAAAAAGGAGAAAAGAGGAGAAAAUAACAGAUGAGAAAUAUAGUGUAGGUGGUGAUGGUGGUGGUAGUGGUGAGAGGGAGAGAGAAAGAAAAUGAGAGAAGGUGAGAGAGAGGCUUGUGUGGUUUAUUAGUUCAGUAGGAUGUUGUUGAGGUUCGAUUCUCAGUGCUGUCACGUUUAACCCCGCUCAGACAGAUCACAGAACUAAUAACAACAGCAACCACACUUCAUCCAUCUUCCUAUAUACACCAGAUUCAACGUGGAUUUCUCAGUAUUAACGGAUAAACUACGAACUAACUUGAUGGGUUGUGCACCCAGCAUACGUGGGUCCCGACCUGGCUACUGUCGGGACCGAGCCGAUGACUCGAACUCGUCACCGGUGGCCAGGUCACCACCGAAGUUAAGUCGCCUCUUCCCAAUUACACGUGCGUUACGCUCCGGCAAUUUACCCACGGAUAACCCGGAGAGCAACGAACCACCACCCAAUGAACAGAUAUCCCUUCAAGAAAAAAGUCUGGAGCCAUUAAAUCAGACCUGUGAUUACGCUAUGUUUGGACCGAUGCGACUGAAGCAUAUCAAAUUGUCAGUGCUGCUUGUAUUCCCAAAGGAAGACUCACAAUGUGAUGCUUUUCAAAUGGCUGCCAAUCGGCUGAAAUAUGAUUUAUUUGUGGUGCGAUCUGCUGAAGCUGCUGUUGAGUGUUACAGAGAGUGUCAUUACGAUAUUGUGAUCAUUGACCAACGCCAGAGUAAAAUAUUGGACUCUGAGCAAGUUUGCAGAAGCAUGCACCAGAUGAAAUCCAGUGAAAACUCAGUAUUUUUAGCAGUUACCAAAAAAUGUCCUUCAGAUAAGGAAGAACCAUGUAUUUUCACCCUUCUCCAAGCAGGUUUUAAUAAAAGAUAUCUUGAAAACAGCAAUGUUGGGUCAUGCAUGAAUGAAUUACUCUCUCUUGAUGCUGAUGUCCAUCAAUGCUACAAGUUAUCAGCUUCCAUGGCUCUCUUCACGGCCCUGGAGUAUGCUUCAGAUGCAGUGGAGAUAGUGAAUGCAGAUCAUGAAAUACAGUAUAUCAAUAGUGCGUACGAGCGACUCUCAGGUUAUGCCACAGAUGAAAUCCUUGGCAAAAAUGCAAAAGAAUUUCCUCGAAGUGACAAAGUGAAACCAGAACACCUGGAUAUUAUUAACAAUCACCUCGUCAAAGACAAAUUGUGGGAAGGUUUACAUUAUAUGCGUCGGAAAAGUGGUGGAAGUAUCCCACACCAUUGUAGAAUUGUCCCAGUUCUUGGACCUCUGGGGAAAGUUAUGUAUUAUGUUUCUGUGAAAAACAAUCAUGAACUAUUUUUUAAUCAACUCCGAGAUGGUGAUCUGAGUGGAAGUCAGCUGGCCAAUGGUGCUGUGCAGGGUCUGAAUCGACACCGAGAAUCAUUAUCUAAAAUGCAAUCAGUUUUAGUUGAAGCACCCAUUAACAAAGCUAUCAGCAUCAUCAGCAGUGUGCAGGAGAACUGUUCCAACCCAGUGGGACAAGCUUUAGACAAAGCUUUGGAAAUAUUGCGAAGCAGUGAACUCUAUUCUCCCUAUUUAUCUCAACCAAUGAAAGAUGACCAAAUGAGUUCUGAGCUAGUUGGAGGGUUACUGUCUCAAGGAUUAAGAAGACGCUUUUCAAACUAUGACGUCAACAGAUCUUCCCAUCACUCACAUUUCCACAACAUUCCAUCAAGUCCAACGACACUCUUGAACCAAGUACCAGAAAAAAUCCAGUUAAUACUGGAAACAGAAACCUCCUGGCACUUUAAUAUCAUAGAUCUGGAGAAAGCUACGAACAACAGGCCACUCGUAUUUUUAGGUUUAAAAAUACUAUUGCGAUUCGGAGCCUGUGAAGUACUUAACGUCAGUGAAACGUGUCUCAUGAACUGGUUACAGACAAUUGAGUCCAAAUAUCAUGCUUCCAAUUAUUACCAUAACUCUACUCAUGCUACUGAUGUUCUUCAUGCAGCAGCCUUCUUCUUGGAGCAACUAAAAUACAAAGCUAUCUUUGAUCAGAUGGAUGAAAUCUCCUGCCUCAUUUCCGCCAUAAUCCACGAUGUUGACCAUCCUGGACGAACAAAUGCAUUCUUGAUUAAUGCUCGCAAUGAACUGGCAUUGCUUUACAAUGAUUUAGCUGUACUUGAAAACCAUCAUGUCUCCCUAGCAUUUUCAGUGACUUGCAAGGAUGAUUCAGUAAACAUCUUCAAGAACUUAUCUCAAGAUGAUUUCCGCACCAUGCGACAUUCAAUCAUAGACAUGGUUCUAGCAACCGAAAUGACAAAACAUUUUGAACAUGUCUCCAAAUUUAACAACUGCAUCAAUAAAGUCCUAACAAAACCUUCGGAAGCUUCACCCACGAGUGACCAAAGCAGUAUGGACAGUAUGAGCGACAUUGUGGCUCACCUCUCAACAGACGAGAGUCGAAUUCUGAUUAAAAGAAUGCUUAUGAAGUGUGCGGAUAUCUCAAACCCAUGCCGACCUCUCGAUCUUUGCAUCAUUUGGGCAAAACGAAUUGCUGAAGAAUAUUUUGAUCAGACUGAUGAAGAAAUAACAAAACACCUCCCCAUUGUGAUGCCAAUCUUCUCUCGCAACACAUGCAGCAUUCCAAAAUCUCAAUGUAGCUUCAUUGAGUAUUUCGUUCAAGGGAUGUUUGAAUCGUGGUCAGAAAUCUGUGAUAUUCCCGAACUAAUGGAGUUCCUCAAGAUUAAUUAUCAAUACUGGAAGAAGGAAGAUGUACAAGAAUCAGCAGAAUUACCAGAAAUCGAAGAAGAGAUUUCCCAAAGUGAAGACACAAAGGAAGAUUCCAAAGAUAGUUAGGGGUCAUUUUAGAAACUAAGUGAUAUAUGUUUAAGAAGUGUUUGAUUGUGUUUUCAUAUUAGUGGACAUUAAUGGCCACCUUAAAUCCAAGAAGAACAAGAGAAAUGAAUGGACAAAAGAUAAACCGUUGUUAACAGAAGUUGACCAUGUCAUCCCAAAGAAAAGAAAAUAUGGAAAAUAAUAAUAUUAAUAAUAACAAAGAUAAUAAUGAUGAUGAUAAUUAAAAAACCAACAAAUAUUGUUCUAUUUUUAUAAACAGCUUCCGACUCUAUCAUUUCAUGUUUCUUUUAUUCUUCCUUUCAUUCAUAAAAGGAAACAAUAAUUUGGAAGAACAACAACAACAAUAACAAUAACAACAACACAAGGAAUAUUCUUGAUGAAACUGCUGUUCAAGAAAAUAAAUACAAAAGAGAACAACAAAAGAAAUAAUAAAAAACUAAAAUACAAAAACUGCUAUUUUUGUGUGCAUGUAUGUGUGUAUCAGUGUGUGGUGUGUGUGUGUGUGUGUGGUGUGUGUGUGUGUGUGUGUUGACAGUGAGCUGGUGUUUAGUGAGAGAUAAUUAGGAUAAUCUACAAACCCCCUGGAUUAUAGAGACUUUGAAACUGAGACCCCCUACACCCAUUGACCCAACCCCCAAUUGUAUCCUUUCCACCAGUUAACACACACCAUUAUAUAUAACAACCAUUUAAAAAAAAAAAAA